UGUCUGUUUCUCGGAUGCCCAGAACCGGGGCUGUGCGAACCGGAGGUGCCGGAGACGCGACAUGGGACGAUUCAAAUACUGAUAGAGACUGUUGAUGGAGAGGCCUUCGAAUGUCAGCCGGGACAGUGGUUACCGCAGGUGGACUUCUAGCGGCAGUCAUCUUACUGACGAUUGUAGCAGUACUGUGUUACUGUCGGUUACAGUAUUAUUGCUGUAAGAGGGAGGAGGAAGCGAAGGAGGAGGAGGAGCGUUGUCCGACUCCCGAGCGCCUGGCGGAGCCCGACAUGACGUCCAUAUUCCCCACGGAGGUCGACGUCAACGGGCCGACCGUCUACACCCCGCCCCUGACCCGUAAGCCCCCCCGGUCGCACUCCUUCUGCCCCUCCUGCACACGCUACUCCCUGCCCUUCUACCUCCAGCACCCGGAAAGGCUCCGCAACGGGGGCGGCCGGAUCAGCUACAGGACUGUGCAGCAGCAGGAGCUGGACCUCCCUAUGGACCUGGCCAGCCUCCACCACAAGCUCAACCUCAUCCGCUCCUACACCAUGCGGGAGGUGGUCACCCACAGCGUCAGCACGGAUGUGUAG